CGCUGUCACAAAGCCUAAUUCCAAUUUCACCCCUUUCAAUAGAAAUACAGAUACACAUACUAAUUACCGCGCUCAACAUUCCUUCAGUCGGCGAAAACACACGGGAGCGACGCUUAAAAGCGGAAGGCUUUCAUUAGCGUGUUCUCGCUUGAAACCCCCACUUGGACAACCACCAUCAUGACGUUCUUCGUGCCAUCUCCUUCACCUGUCUUCGAUGAAAAACAUAUCCAAGAGUCUGUCCCACCUCUAAAAAUGCACCCAACCAACCCAGUCGUCUCUAGCGCCGAGUUUGUCCUCGAACAAACAAACAUCGUCAAAAUCAACGACGAUGCGGUCAAAAAAGCCACACAAUACGUCAAUUCAAUCUUUCAUAUAAUUCGAGAGCAUUGCGCAUCUGACCGAUUUACGCAGAUUUUGAAACAAGUGUCUUCCGAGCCCUAUACUCCGCGUACAUGGCGCACGCACCCCUUGCACAUCUGUCCGCCGGAGCCGUAUGACCCUGACGAUAUACUCACUGGUGCAUGUCUGAACUGGAUAUUCCUCAUCUCUUCUUUAAAUUUCAGUUUUUGGUCGGAAAAGGAAGGCCAACAGGAUCGGUACGGUAUUGAAUGGCGGACUAGCUGGGGUAGCGAGACAAUGACUGUGCACACUGGAUACUGGAGCCUAGUUGCUGCUUUGAAUCGAGCCUUAGAGGAGGGUAUACCCAUCAUCGAUCCCCGAUUUUAUUCCUCCGAGACGCUGUGCCCGGACUCGCUGAUCGCGCACGUAUUCCGCGCUGCACCCCAAUCGGCUGAAUCGAUGCCCCUGUUUAAUGAGCGUUUAGCGAUCAUGCGCGAAGUCGGUGCUAUAUUGUGCAACAAUGAAUUUGGAGGUUCAUACCUAGGGUUUUUACAAGCCUUCCAAACAAGAUACGACAAUCAGGGCACGGCGCUCGACCUCGUCCAAUUCGUCACAGAUUCGUUCCCGAGUUUUAGAGAUGACCGAAUGUUCAAUGGACGACGAGGCAAACUGACGAGUCUGUGCUUACCAGUAUAUUUCUGGAAACGGCCCCAGAUCCUAGUAGCAGAGACCUGGGCAGCCUUCUACCCCGAAAAUCCCUACACCCCACACCCGAUCUUCCCCGGCCUGGACGGAGCACGCAUCAGCGCCCUAACGAUGUUCGCAGAUUACCGUGUCCCCCAGAUCCUGCACCACCUGCGCAUCCUUGCCUAUCCCCCAUCGCUCAAACACGAGUUGUGCACCGGAAAGUCACUCAGAGCUGGAUCGAGAGAAGAGAUGAGCUUGCGCGCGGCGAGCAUCGUUGCUGUUGAACGCAUGCGAAGUGAGAUGAUGAGGUGUGGGUCAGAUUGGGAAGCGAGCUGUGUUUUGAUUGAUUUCUAUCUUUGGGAUUUGGCUAAGAAAUUGCAGCGGGGGAAAGAGUGUCUUGAGGGGAUUGAGACUGAAGACAUUUUGCCUGUCCAUAGGACGAGGAGCAUUUGGUACUAG